AUGAGCUACAAUGGUUUCGAUUCGCCGUUUGGAUUUGUGGGAAUGCAUGGAACUGGAGGAGCUGGACCGUCUAGUGGAGGAUAUGGGAGUUCAGCUAACCAAAAUCCCUACGGCCACUCUGAAGACAACUGGCAAAAAACCUAUGUGAAAGAAUUCAACGCUGCGAAUUUGGAGAUGAGAACGGUGUCCCGUGAAUACGACGACGUCUGUUCACUCGAGAGACAGUGCAAGAGAGAAUUGAAGGCUCUUCCUGGGAAACAAGAAGAGAGAAGAGUUUUGAGAGAGGAAUGGUUGAUGACGGAGAAGGAAAAGAAGGAGAAACAGGCGGAAGAGGAGAUUAAGGAGGUCAGGAGGAAGAUAAAGGAGCAGGAGAAGAAGAUGAGAUAUGGAAAUAAUGUGCCUGCUGGAAAUGUGGACAGAGCGAGAAAGUACAUCAGGGAACAAAGUGCUCAGGUCUAUGCGGAAAUCCUCAUGUUGAGAAAUCGCCAACAAACCGCCUCAGAGACUGCUCCAGUCGUCGAACCCAUCCUCAUUCCAGCUACCCAUCAACCAGAUUCCGAUGAAUUUCUGCUUUCAUCAGAAGAUUUCGUGGUAGAUCACGAGGAAGUUUUGAUGGUAAAUGAUGAAUCGACGGAAAUGGAGCAAGACCAAGCGGAUGGAUCUGGGUCAGAAGUUUCUUCAAGUUGUGAGACAUCUGGAGGCCUCCACGACGAAGAGAUGAUUGUUGAAGAAAUAUCAGGAGAUUCGGAAAACCAGGACAACCAGGUUGAAAUGAACGUCGAGGACUCUGCUGGAACCACCAACCAGGAUGAUGAGGAGCCAGUUAGAGACCAAGAAAUUAAGUUGGACAAUCAAGAGCCUGCUUCACAUCCAUUGACAAUCGACCAAAUUCUCGCGGAGGUUGGCGACUCUGAGUUCGGAGAUGCUAUUCGGAAAUGGCAACAACACGAAGAAUGGCAGAACUUUGCUAUCAGUGGGAUUGAUUUAAAGCUGCAUCUCUUCAAUCCCUUUGGCUGCCAAAUCGAGUAUCAGCCAGUAAGAAAACCAGCGUCAGGCAGAGACUUGUUCCUCUUCCAAAUCGAAGCAAACAACAAAAUAAAGCUCACCGAAGAAGUCAAGGCGUCACUGUGGGAAUCAAUGGGAGAGGAUAGAAGGAAUGAAUGGAAGGGGCAUAGAGCAAACAUUGUCAAGUUGCAGAAGGAGCAGCAGACGCUUCGACUAGUCGAGGCACUUCAAUCGAAAGACUAUAAGAGUGCGAUGGUGGAGUGA